GUGAGAUUUGUCGCUGUACUUUUUGUGCAGCAGCGGCUACAGUUGAAGUCAGUGUGUGAGAGAGAGUGUGUGUGUUCUGUCCUUAACUGAGGCGGUGAAGAGCUGCUGCAAUCAUGAGGUCGCUUUUACUCGGGGUCUUUGUCUGCUCCCUGCUCCUCUCUGUGCAGGCACUUUACUCCCCCAGUGAUGAUGUUGUUGAGCUCACUUCCUCCAACUUCAACAGGGAGGUUAUCCAGAGUGACAGCCUGUGGCUGGUGGAGUUUUAUGCUCCCUGGUGUGGUCACUGCAGGAAUCUGGCUCCAGACUGGAAGAAAGCAGCCACUGCCCUCAAGGGCAUUGUCAAGGUCGGAGCUGUGGACGCAGACCAGCACAAUUCACUGGGUGGACAGUACGGCGUCAGAGGAUUUCCCACCAUCAAGAUCUUUGGGGCCAAUAAGAACAAGCCAGAGGAGUACCAAGGUGGACGCAGCAGCCAGGCCAUUGUGGACGGAGCCAUGAAUGCUCUGCGUAACCUGGUGAAAGAACGGCUGAGCGGCAAAUCUGGUGGCUCUGGUGGUCAGCAGAGCAGUGGCGGCAGCAGCAAGGACGUGGUGGAGCUCACGGAUGACAACUUUGACAAGAUGGUGAUGGAGAGCGACGACAUCUGGCUGGUGGAGUUUUUCGCCCCCUGGUGUGGACACUGCAAGAAGCUGGAGCCAGAGUGGGCGGCUGCAGCCACAGCAGUGAAGGAGCAGACCAAGGGCAGAGUUCGCCUGGGAGCUGUGGAUGCAACCGUCCACCAGGCCGUGUCCAGCCGCUACGGGAUCCGUGGUUAUCCCAGCAUCAAGGUUUUCCGUAAAGGGGAGGAGCCAGAGGACUACCAGGGAGGCCGUACCCGCAACGAUAUCAUCGAGAGGGCGUUGGAUCUGUUCUCUGAUAACGCCCCUGCUCCUGAAGUACUGGAGAUCCUCAACGAAGACGUCUUAAAGAAGACCUGCGAGGACAGUCAGUUGUGUGUCAUUGCUGUCCUGCCUCAUAUCCUGGACACAGGAGCUGAAGGUAGAAAUGGUUAUCUGGAGGUGAUGGCAAAGUUGGCUGACAAGUACAAGAAGAAGAUGUGGGGGUGGCUCUGGACCGAGGCCGGAGCCCAGAUGGAGCUGGAGUCCGCCAUGGGCAUCGGUGGUUUUGGUUACCCAGCCAUGGCUGCCAUCAACUCCCGCAAGAUGAAGUUUGCCCUGCUGAGAGGUUCCUUCAGUGAAACAGGCAUCCAUGAGUUCCUGAGGGAGCUCUCUGUUGGACGUGGAUCCACUGCCACACUGGGGGGCGGGGCCAUGCCGAAGAUCUACGCUGUUGAGCCCUGGGACGGCAAAGACGGGCAGCUUCCUGAGGAAGAGGAUUAUGACCUCAGUGACGUAGACCUGGACGACGACUACGACAAGGACGAGUUAUGAGUCCCAGCAGACUGGCCUGGCUGGAGUUGGUUUGGUCUGGUCCAGUCUGGUUUAGUUCUGCGUGACCCGCCUCCCUUCUCCUGUGGACGAAUGGGAAGCACGGUCGCCCAGUUACUGAAAUACUCCAGAAAAGACACAUGAGAGACACCUGCAGUUUCUCACAUCUGUAUGGGUCACAUGGGGACAGGAAGGACAAGGGAGGGGUCGGGGGUUUGAUUCCCUGGAGUGAACUGUGAGUCACGUACCUGCUGAAGAGAACAGAAGAGUCUGCAUAUUUACACAGCCACCACCAGCUGACAGGAGGACGGACGAACCCUGUGUCACCGACUGUUUUCCAGUCUUACCAAAUUUAAAACUUCUUCAGCCAUUUCAGAUCACUAUUUUUAGGAUUUUUUGUUUCUAGUCUUGUCUCUAAAUAAUUCUGUCUCUGAGGAUCAUGUCUCUCCAGGAUAAGGGCGGGGAUACUAUGGGACUUCUUGUGUAUAUUUUUCUUACACGACUUUUAUUUCAAUUGUGUGAAAACAAAAUUGACAUUUGUUACAAAAAUAAAAAGGAAUAAAAACAAAA